AUGAGUCAUACAGCACCACCGAACAACUCAAUGAGUCACACAGCACCACCGAACAACUCAAUACAUCAUACAGCACCACCGAUCAACUCAAUGAGUCAUACAGCACCACCGAUCAUCUCAAUAAGUCACACAGCACCACCGAACAACUCAAUACAUCAUACAGCACCACCGAUCAACAAAAUAAGUCAUACAGCACCACCGAACAACUCACUACCUCAUACAGCACCACCGAUCAACUCAAUACCUUAUACAGCACCACCGAUCAACUCAAUGAGUCAUACAGCACCAACGAUCAACUCAAUACCUCAUACAGCACCACCGAUCAACUCAAUGAGUCAUACAGCACCACCGAUCAUCUCAAUAAGUCACUACAGCACCACCGAUCAACUCAAUACCUCAUACAGCACCACCGAUCAACUCAAUGAGUCAUACAGGACCACAGUACAACUCAAUGAGUCACACAGCACCACCGAUCAACUCAAUGAGUCAUACAGGACCACCGAUCAACUCAAUAAGUCAUGCAGCACCACCGGUCAACUCAAUGAGUCAUACAGUACCACCGAACAACUCAAUGAGUCACACAGCACCACCGAUCAACUCAAUAAGUCAUACAGGACCACCAAACAACUCAAUAUCUCAUACAUCACCACCGAUCAACUCAAUGAGUCAUACAACUUCACCGAACGACUCAAUACAUCAUACAGCACCACCGAUCAACUCAAUAAGUCGUCAUACAGCACCAACGAUCAACUCAAGAUCUCAUACAGCACCACCGAUCAACUCAAUGAGUCAUACAGCACCACCAAUCAUCUCAAAGAGUCACACAGCACCACCGGUCAACUCAAUGAGUCACACAGCACCACCGAUCGACUCAAUAAUCAUACAGACCACCGAUCAACUCAAUAA